UUCUUUAUUCUGUAGCCAGCGAAGUCAGUUCUCAGUGAUACUUCGGCCAGGUCACUUCACCACCUGUUUCCCGAUUCAUAUUUCUCGACCGGUGCACAAUCUAUCUCAUUAAUGACGAUUCGAAUAAUCUUAGACUAAUUGUAAAAUUUCAAAAAAGUGAAACAAUUAGAAAUCAUUUGUUCUUUAUUUCGUGUGAAGAAACAGUAGAUUAAGGAAAAACUGUCAAUUUCUGGGAAUAUUGUAUUCUAAAUAAAAUAAUAGAGUGUUAUAAUAGAAGAGGAAUUUUUCAAGUUGGUUCGAGUUAGUUUAUUUGGAUAAAGUGAUUAAAGAAGAAUGUCGGACUAAUGGUGAAACUUGAUCGAUGAUUAUGGAAUUAGUGGUGAACAAUCGAACCGCGAAGUGUAACUGACUGAAAGAAAUUUGAUUUAAUGAUCAUUGCUUGCUAAGAAAGAAGCUUUUGUUUGACGUUGCUGGAGUCCGUGUCACAGAAAUGGAGUCUAACAACGAACCGCCGGUCAUACGGACCGCUUCCUUGGAAUUGAAAACCCGGAGAUCACAGAUGCAAACACAGAUUUCUUCCGUGGAAUCGAUGCAAAAACAGGCUGUCUGUGUGAGAAGAGCUUUCAAGAAAUAUGGCAACAAAAAUAAUCCGAAUAUUAUUUUAGAUGGGCUGAACAUGACUGUGCCGAAAGGCACGAUAUAUGGUUUACUUGGUGCAAGCGGUUGUGGAAAGACUACAUUGCUCUCUUGCAUUGUGGGUCGAAAACGAUUGAAUUCCGGUGAGAUCUGGGUACUCGGUGGUCGACCAGGCUCCAAAGGAUCAGGUGUUCCAGGCCCACGUGUGGGUUAUAUGCCACAAGAAAUCGCAUUGUAUGGAGAAUUCUCCAUAAGAGAAACAUUCAUUUACUUCGGUUGGUGUGCUGGGAUGAACACAAAACAAGUAAAUGAAAAAUUAGAUUUUCUCGUAAAGUUUUUACAGCUGCCAUCAGAAAAUCGUUUCGUGAAGAAUUUAUCCGGUGGUCAACAGAGACGUGUAUCUUUUGCAGCAACUCUUUUGGCUGAUCCAGAAUUGAUGAUUCUGGAUGAACCUACGGUAGGUGUAGAUCCUGUUUUGCGACAGAAUAUCUGGGAUCACUUACUCCACGUGACAAAGGACAAAAAUAAAACCAUUAUAAUUACCACUCACUAUAUUGAAGAAACAAGACAAGCUGGCAUGAUAGGUUUAAUGAGAGGUGGUAAAUUACUUGCUGAAGAAUCACCAACCAAGUUAAUGGAAAUUCACAAUUUAGAUAGUCUAGAGGAUGUAUUUUUAAAGCUAAGUAAGCGACAAAAUAUAGGUCUUCGAAGAAGAAGUAGCAUCCUCAGCAGUGUUACUGGUGUUCCUCCUGAAAGUACAAACGUAGAUGACGAAAUGAGUGGUGAAUUUGGUGACAAUAUUAGUGUUUCUAGUAAAAGAAAAAGCAUUGUGAUCGACGAAGGAAAUAUUCCAAAUAUGCCACCAGAAGAAAAAGGCACCACAAGUUUUAAAAUGAUCGACCCACAACAUAUGAAAGCUCUUAUAUGGAAGAACUUUUUAUGGAUGUGGCGAAACGUAGGCAUGAUGUUAUUCAUUAUCGGUCUCCCAGUCGUUCAAAUUAUUUUAUUUUGCAUUUCCAUUGGCAGAGAUCCAAAAAAUUUAGAAUUAGCAAUAGUAAAUUAUGAAUUAAAUAGCAGCAUGGAACCUUGUAUACCAACAAUAGAUUGUAAUUGGACUCACUUAAGUUGUCGAUAUUUACAUCAUUUAGAGGAAAGAUCGAUAAAAUUUCUACCAUAUGAUUACGAAAAAGAUGCUAAAGAAGCUGUAAAACGUGGCAACGUAUGGGGUGCUAUAAUUUUUCCUUGGAAUUACACAGAGUCUUUAGAAACAAGAAUUACGUAUGGCAAAAAUACUGAUGAAUGGAGUACAGAAUACUCUAAUAUGAAUAUCUAUAUGGACAUGUCUAAUCAACAAAUUAGCCAACUUCUUCAAAGAAGUAUUUAUCUUUCAUAUGAAGCAUUUGUUAAGGAAUUAUCAAUUGCUUGCAAUUAUAGUGAGAAAGUAGCAAAAAUACCAAUAGAUUUUAGAACACCAGUUUAUGGUCCUCUGGAUCCUAAUUUCACGGACUUUGCGGCACCUGGUGUUAUUUUAACAAUAAUUUUCUUCUUAUCGGUUGCACUGGCCUCCGGUUCCUUAUUGUUAGAAAGAAACGAAGGUCUUCUUGAAAGAAGUUUAGUUUCUGGUCUCACUGGAACAGAAAUUCUUUUCGGACAAGUUAUAACUCAAUUUACAGUUAUGACAGGCCAAUCUAUUAUGGUUCUUUUAGUUACAUUUGUUGCUUUUGAUAUCACUAGAAGGAAUAUUGGUUGGAUUGGUACAUUGACUAUUCUUACUGGAUUAUGUGGAAUGUGUUUUGGAUCUGUUAUUGCUUGUUGUUGCGAAAGCGAAAGAACUGCUACAUAUCUUGCAAUGGGUGCUUUUUUACCUAUUGUAAUGUUAUGUGGAAUAAUAUGGCCUAUUGAAGGAAUGGAUCAUGGAUUACGAUGGUUUAGUUUUAUCUUACCUCUAACAAAGAGUACAGCUUCAUUGAGAGCUAUGUUAGCUAGAGGAUGGUCAAUUUCAGAGCCUACCGUUUACAAUGGUUUCAUUGCUACAUUUAUUUGGAUAAUCAUUUUUAUGACUUUGUCUAUAUUAUUACUUAAAUUUAAGAAAGGAUAA